AGAGUUCAUUCUGAAAUCGGGGUUUUCUUCUCUUCGACGCUGUUUGUUCUCUUGCUUAAGGAGCAGCGAUGGCAAUCGUUGGAGGACCUCGUGAUGUGAACCUUAAUCAGAACAGCGCAGAGAUCGAGGAGUAUGCUCGCUUCGCCGUCGACGAGCACAACAAGAAGGAGAAUGCGCUGCUUGAGUUCGUUCGUCUGCUGAAGGCUAAGGAGCAGGUGGUGGCGGGAACACUGCACCAUCUGACACUGGAGGCGAUCGACGCCGGGAAGAAGAAGAUUUACGAGGCGAAGGUGUGGGUCAAGCCAUGGCUGAACCACAAGGAGCUGCAGGAGUUCAAGCAUGCUGGAGAUGGAGGGUCUGCAAGCUUUACUACUGCUGACCUUGGUGCAAAAAGAGGUGGGCAUGAACCUGGAUGGAGGCCCAUCCCAACCCAUGAUCCUAUUGUCCAGGAAGCAGCUAAUCAUGCUUUGAAGGCCAUUCAAGCGAAGUCCAACUCUCUUGCUGCAUACGAACUUCUCGAGAUUCAAAAUGCAAAAGCAGAGGUGAUUGACGAUUUUGCAAAGUUGGAGUUGCUGCUUAAACUGAAGAGAGGACCAAAUGAGGAGAAAUAUAAGGUGGAAGUGCAUAAGAAUUUGGAAGGAGCUUUCAUACUGAAUCAGAUGCAGCAGGAGCAGUAGAUUCUGCUGCAGGUUAGGUACCUAACCUUCUAAAUAAAUAUUUACAGACUUAUGUAUUAAAAAUGAUAUAAUCAGUCGCUUUGUUUUUUUUCUGCCUAAAAAUGAUUCCUUUGCGUGCGUUUAUGAUGGAAUGAAACACUAAAAGCUUUUGUUAUUGCUAAAGAUCAUCAGCUGAAUUUAUCAGAUUUCAA